AUGGCACUGAGACCAACAACUGAUGUUUACAAUGCACUAUUAGAGGGACUAUAUUGGGAUGGCAGAAUAAACACUGCAAAGAGGAUUUUUAAUGAGAUGCAACGUUCUGCAGAGAAGUUUCUUAAUGAGAGGGCAUUUGCUUCUCAUUUUCCAGAUGUAGUUACAUACAUCCUUAUAUUAAAUGGUAUUUUCCAGAAUGGGAAAAUGGAGGAGGCAGUAAAAUUAUUUGAAUCCAUGGAAAGUCCUGUUGAUAUUGACAUGUACAACAUUCUUAUUCAUGGUUUUUGUCAGGCUGGCAGGUUGGAAAAUGCAAGAAAACUUUUUAAUCACAUUCCAAGAAAAAGAUUAGUUCCUAAUGUGGUAACAUACAACACAAUGAUCAGAGGUCUAUUUUCUAACAAGAUGUUCUUGGAAGCUGCCAAAUUAAUCAUCAAAACUGAAGAGGAAGGUUGUUUACCAAAUUCUAAAACAUAUGAUACCAUCAUCAAUGGUUUUUUAGGAGGAAAAGAGACAGGAAAGGCAUUGCAGUUUCUUCGCAAGAUGUAUGGAAGACACUUUGCAUCAAGUGAUUCUACCGUCAUCAAUGGUGGUUCCGGAGGAAAAGAGACUGGCAACGCAUUGCAGAAUCUUCGCAAUAUGCUAAAAAAUCUGGAAGAAACUAGAAAAAUCUUUUCACCAAGCGAUUCUAUUAUUUAUUCUUUGGUAAAAACUUUCUCUGCAGAUGAGCUAAAAAGUCUUUAA